AUCUAACAUUCACAUGCAUACUUAAUUCUCAUCAUCAUAUUCAUACCAUUAUCAUCAUCACAAUACAAUCAUCAUGAGCUCUUCGGAAUAUAUCCUAUCUGUCAAAACAACAUUUUUCUGUUUUGUCCGAAAUCAUCAAAGACUCUUCCUUCGGCGAUCGCUGCUCAGAAGUUUGAUUUCGAUAUCAAGAAUCGUGAUAGAAAAAAUGCGACACAAUUGUUGCCAUGUCUCGUUCGCUUCGAUUCUCAAGAUCCUUAAUUUUCUCCAAGCUUUCAUCGGUAUAUCAAUCAUAAUCUACUCGAUUUGGAUGCUCGAUCAAUACAAUCAUCACGUUCCCGUUGACCCUCCUCCGUCUCAGCCUCCGGCAGCUUCAUCACCGGAUUCUUCUUAUUCCUUCUCUAAUUCAAUAAUUGAGAUCAACAGUGUUUCUGAUUCUUUGAAGAAUCCGAUCGAUUUCGUAUCGGGUAUCGUUCUCGGGUCUGGUGGUGGAGAUUCGGGUUUCAAUCUCCGUUCUUUAGAUCUUCCUGCUCCAUGGUUUAUCUACUGUUUCAUGGCGAUUGGGAUUUUGGUCUGCAUUGUCACUAUCAUUGGUUUCAUUGCAGCUGAAGCUAUCAAUGGAUGUUGCUUGUGUUUCUAUUCAAUUCUCAAAACUCUUUUAAUCAUUAUCGAAGCAGCUCUAGUGGGAUUCAUAGUGAUUGACCGUCACUGGGAGAAGGAUCUUCCUUAUGAUCCAACUGGAGAACUCAAUAGUCUUCGAGCUUUCAUCGAAGAAAACAUCGAUAUUUGCAAAUGGGUCGGAAUUGUUGUGGUAGCCAUCCAGUUACUGUCAUUGCUACUGGCUUUGGUUUUGAGAGCUAUGGUUUCACCUCGGCAAUCAGAGCUUGAUGAUGAAGAUGAUUUUGAGAAUCCGAUGAGUAGAGCACGAGACAAUCUUCUUGGUCCACAGGCAAACCAGACAUCUUCUGGAUCAAGCAAUAUUGACAACUGGAGGUCCCGAAUCAGAGAGAAGUACGGAUUGAUCAACAGUCAGAGCCACACUCCAUCAGCUUAACUCAAAAGACUGAGUUCUUGUGUCUGGAAUUAUCAGUACUUUGGUUUGGUUCUUCUCUCUGUUAACUUUCGAGUGUGCAUAGAUAUUUACACAUUUAUGUUAUCGUUUGAUACUUUUUUCGAAACUCUGUUUAGAUCGCAACAUAGCUUUCAUUUUGGUGUACAAAAGAGUUACGAGAUUUGUGUUUGAAAUGGGAACAACUGCUUAUUGCUCUGCUUCAACAAUGGCUACACAGCAUUCUGUUUUCUCUCUCAAUCAUUACAAAAAAAUCGAGACACAAAUCUUCCCAUAGACCAAAAAAAAAUGAACUUAGCACUAUCUU